GCCGCCGCCAUGACACCUGAGGCAAAGUAGUUGGCGAGAGUCAGGAUUACGGCCUGCGAAGCUACUGGGAAGCGAAGGACGAUGCCCAAAGCCUGUUCUGCCAUCAACUGCCCCAACCGGGACACUCGGCAGAACCGUGCAAAAGGGUUAUCUUUCCACAGCUUUCCCAAAGACCAUGAGCUGAGGAAGAAAUGGAUGUUGGCUGUGAAUCGCGUUGAACCAGGCACCAAGAAAUUGUGGAUCCCGGGCUCUGGUGCCUGCCUCUGCUCUCAGCACUUCAGGCAAGAGGAGUUUGAGAUUUAUGGGGGACAGAAGAGACUGAAGGUUGGCGUGAUCCCGUCUCUGUUCUCCUUUAAGCAACCAACCAGAGGCCAGCAUCCAUCAAAAUCCCUUAAAGCCAUGGGCAUUGGCAGUCCAUCAGCAGGUGGCCAUGAAGCAGCCUCACCUGCUGAUCUUUCUCCAGCACAGGUCAAAACGGUGGAACUCAUCCAAACAGAGCAUCAAUACAGUCUAAGUGAACCUAUGGACAGCCAAACAAACUUAGUUUUCCCCCCUGGUCCAGGACAGGGCAGCAAACAAGAGCAGCACCAUCUUUCAUACUACCAGCAGGAGCUGUGGACUGUGUUAACAAGACUGCGGGAACAGCAUCUCCUCCAGGAGGACGCAGAACACAUGUUGAAAUCCCAGUUCAGGGCAGAUCUGCAGCUCAGUUUGCAGUGUGAGGAACCCCACAGCGACAACUACCCAGCUGCCUCCCGCAACUUUGCCGUCUCGCUACAUUUGUUCUCAGGCAAGGCUUACGAAUUCAUGAGGAGAACUUUCCAGCUGCCAGAGCCAACAAUCUUGCGCACAUGGCUUUCAAACUUGGAUUAUAAACCAGGAUUCAGCCAACAAGCCUUCAAUGUUUUGGCAGAGAGAUCUCAAGCAGGGAAACAAGCUUUCAAGUGGUGCGCUCUCCUUCUUGGCACAAUGCCGUUAGAGAGAAGAAUCCACUAUGACCCUUCCACCAGGAGUUUGCAAGGCCUGGUGGAUUUUGGUGCUGGGAAUUAUGAUGCAGAUGAGAUACCACCAGCAGCAGAAGCCCUUCUGCUUGUUGCUGUUGGAUUUCAAGGUCAAUGGAUUAUACCACUUGGCUACUUCCUCCUUGCCACCCUUAAAGGUGAUAUACAGGCCCAGCUCCUGCGCCACUGUAUCCUCAAACUGUAUGACAUCAAUGUGCAAGUAAUCUCUGUGACAUCUGAUGCCACGGCGCCUAAUAUAGAUACAGCCAGGCAACUGGGAGUGAAGGUGGAUGGGUUGACUGUCAAGUCCACUUUUCUUCAUCCAGCCACUCCAACAAUGGAAAUUGCAUACUACUUUGACCCCAGCCAUUUGGUAUCCCUGAUUCAUAACUUGCUACAAGCGAAUGGCAGUCUUCAGGUGAGUGGCAAAGCUGUCAGCUGGGACUAUCUUCGGCAUCUUGGUGCUCUGCGGGAAAAAGAGGUGCUCCAGGCUGCAGCCCGAGCCAGAGGCAGCAGGCAGGAGCAGCAGGUAUGGGGAAAUGGCAUCACCCAGUUGUUCAGUCAAGGUACAGUUCAAGCCCUGCAUUUUGCAGCCAGGCUAGGCCUGCCUCAGUUUCAGGGUCACGAAGCCACCACCCUCUUUAUAGAACUGUUGAGUGCCGUUUUUGAUGCAUGCAGCAGCUGGAAUGCCCAUGGAAAGGGCUUCAGAGCACCGCUGUCCUGCACCAAUGCUGACACCCUUAACAAUCUCUGCAAUGAAUAUGAGAAUCUGCUUCGCAGACUGCGCACAACUACUGGGGAGCUACUGUGGCUAAGCAGGCAUCGCUGGGGAUUUCUUGGCUUUCUGUUGAACCUGCGCAGCUUUCAGUGGGUGAUGCAAACUUAUCUACAGGCAGAAAGCAAACCCAUUGCUUAUCUGCUCCCUGGUUGGUGGAGUCUGGACCCCUUGGAGUGGUGCAGGGGAGCCAUAAGGCAGGCAUUUGGCCACGAACAGAUUACCACGCCAUGGAAUUUCCAGGGUGCAUACAGGCUUAUCUUAAACAGAGCUGUUUCCGGUCUGGGCCUUGACCCACCCAACCUACUAGACAUAUCUUUAUGCAGACGAAGUGGUCUGCAGUUGCAAGCCUCCUGGCCUUUGGGGCAAGGACAAAUAUGGCAGCUGCACUGGGGUUCAAAGCAUUUCCAAAAGAUGGACAGUGUAGUGAUAGCCCCAGCAUUUCGAGCUGAACUUGAGGUGGAUACAACUACUUCUAUUGCUUGUGUGGUUCUGAGAAAACUGCUGCCAGUCCUGUCCUGUGCUGAGUGCCGUGCUGCACUCUUGAGCCCUUGUAAAGAAGUGCCUGUAGGCAGUGCCCUGAUGUGCGUGAAGAGCAAGGGGAGUGAGUAUCUCCCGUCAAAGUCUGUACAGAGAGUGAUCCACAGAGCAAAGCAAAUAAUUGGCCUUUCUUCCUGGUUCUUCCAAGGCCCCAGCCCAUCUGACUGCUUAGCACAAGAGUUGGCCAUAUUGGCAGAUGUGAGUGAGGAACCUGAUCUUUUCUCAUCCCUGGACAAUCAUCUCUUUGAAAGCAAUUCCCUGGUUUCCAACCAUUAUGUCAUUCUGCUGCAGCAACUUGUGCAAACCUUCCUAAAGCUGUGGUUUCAGGUAGUACAAGGAGCACAGCCUAUGCCUUUGACUCAUGAACGUAGCUCUGUAAGGAGAAUAAUAAACAGAGCACAGAGGUUGCCAACUGCAGCAGCAGGAGUUGGCCCCAGGAACUAUUUGGACUCAUGAAAUGGUACAAGGCACUCUGAAGGAGAUGAACUGGAAAUAGGAGACAUAUAAUACAGGAAGUUCUGAGGUAGCCUGGUGAUUGGAAAAAGAGACAUGGUAAUCAAAGCUGAAACUAACACAUUGAAGAGCCUUUCUAAAACCAGUUCUUCAAACAAAGUGCCAUGUUUGUAGAAGGCUUUGAGGAGUGUAAUUACAAGGGUCACCGCUUAGUCACCCUCUGGGGGAGGUGGGCAGCAUAUAAAUUUAAUAAUAAAUAAAUAAAAUAGUGCUAUUGUCAUUCAGUCAGAGGCUGCUAUAUGGUCCUUAGACAAGCAUUUGCUUCUCCUAGUAGCCUCUCUGUGCCAUAUUAUUUUGUGCUUUUACUGGCUUAGCUUGGAAAUGACAGCUUGAGAGUUUGAUUUAUUUUCACUAUAAAAUGGCUGAUUGUUUAGGAAUGAAAGAGCAAAUAGCACAUCCAGAUCACGGGAUUCAAAGUGGAGCCUUGCCUGAAGCAUUUGAUCCGGUCUCCUGAUCUGGGAUGAACAGGGAAAUGACCUUUGGAUUUUGUAAGCUGACCUUUGGAUUUAUGUGUGUUUAAUACUUUUUUUUGGAGUCACAAUUCCAUUGUGUCAUGUUUUAUUGUAGCACUGCUAUUUAUCAGCCUGGAAUCAAUGAACCGGAAGGAAGGAUGUUGAUGAUUGUUCAGAAGUAUGGAACAAGCUUCCCCUCAAGUCAGAAAUGAAACUUGGUCCUUGUAGCUUGUCCAACAGCUCCAGGGAAAGAUGCUAUUUGUUGAAGCAUGACAGCCUCCCCACUGGCACCAAAAAUUCUGGUAAACAACAACAAAAGCAUUUUAGGGAUAAGGAAAUCAUUCAGCUCCAUCACUACUGUGUCUAUGGAGCAUAACUGCUGGCAGGAAUAGUGGUAUUCCUGCUGUAAACAUUUAGCUCAUAGGAAAGUCCACAAUCAGGGAAAUUAUUUUUAAGGUAUCACAGA